AGCAAGAUGGGUAUUGUUGGUGUCCAUGAGCAAGUGGAAGACGGAGACCACGGAUAUCUGGCCAGGAUGGGGAAAGCCAUGGCUCCAAGAAAAACAGGCAGGUCAUUCCCCCAGUGGAAAUGGAGCUCCUCUUUCCUGGUUUAUGGGCUCCUGGCUCUCGCUUACCUGCUGAUCAUCAUCUUGCUGGGGCUACUGAUCUCCAGUGGGUCAAAGUUUUUUUCAGAAAUGAAUGACAUGCAUAAACAGCUUGAAAUGAGCAAGGAGCUGUUCCCAUGUGGUUCCAGAAGCAGAGAAUGGGAAUACUUUGACGGUCGGUGUUAUUACUUCUCUGUACAGAAAUUUACUUGGCACAUAGCUGAAUCUCAAUGUGGUCAACGUAAUUCAAGUCUGGUGGUUAUUCAUGAUGAGGCCAAGCAGAAUUUCCUCGAGUCUCAAACCAGGAAUGAACGCUAUUGGAUUGGACUCAAUGACAUCGAUGAAGAAGGGGAAUGGAGGUGGAUUGAUGGCACCAAUUACUUAAGCAGCUACAAGAAUUGGAGACAGGGUCAGCCCAGUGACUAUCAGAACAAGGAAGACUGUGCAGAGAUCCAUUUUUCUGGGGAAUGGAAUGAUGAGAGCUGUUCCACUGCAAACUUCUACAUAUGUGAGAAACCUUUGCCUUACUGAAGAACCAUCAUGAGAAAACACACCAAGUAGCAAGAAUGGGAUUGCAAAGGCCUCUUCUUUCUGCAGAGACUGCCUACUUCAAACCACUUGCUUUAGAGUGACAAGCACUGGCUCUACACUGACCAGUUUAAUAUUAUUAGAACAUUAUUAGAUAUCUUGUUCUAAAACAUCACAGGGCAUACUUGCUAAUUAAAGCAUUUUUACCCUGGUCCCUC